CCAAGCCUGCAGCACUGCAGUCCCAGCUCACCGUUCUGUCGUGGCCGGGCCGUGAUGGGGACUGAGGAGCAGGAAACCAGACAGUAUUGGCUAACUCUGCAAAUAAAGAUGCCCGCAGAGGGAGGAAAAGGGAAAUACUCUCUGACAGAGUCUGCGUGGGACAAGGUGGCUGAUUGGCACCUCCAAACGUUCCCUUCCCCAGCCCAGCCCAGGCCCUCACCAUGCCCACUCUUGAAUCAACUACAGAAGGCUUUCAGUACGACGAGAGUGCAGAAGUUUGUAACCUGGGGGACAUUGUGACCUUCGGGACUGCCUUCCUGUCCAUAGCGUACUCUGUUGUCUUUGUUUUUGGUCUGUUCGGAAAUUUGCUGGUGGUAUUUGCACUCACCCACAGCCAGAAGCCCAAGACUAUCACCGACGUUUACCUCCUGAACCUGGCUUUGUCCGAUCUGCUCUUUGUAGUCACCUUGCCCUUCUGGGUUCACUAUCUGAUAAGUGAUAAAGGCUUUAACAACGCUGUGUGCAAACUCACUACCGCCUUCUUCUUCAUUGGCUUUUUUGGAGGCAUAUUCUUCAUCACCAUCAUCAGCAUCGAUAGGUACCGGGCCAUCGUCCUGGCUGCCAGCUCCAUGAACAACCGGACCACGCAGCAUGGCGUCACCAUGAGCUUAGGCGUCUGGGCAGCAGCCAUCUUGGUGGCAGCACCCCAGUUCAUGUUCACCAAACAUAAGGAAAAUGAAUGCUUGGGGGACUACCCCGAGGUCCUGCAGGAUAUCUGGCCCGUGCUCCGCAACGCGGAAGCAAAUAUUCUUGGCUUCUUGCUGCCCGUGCUCAUUAUGAGUUACUGUUACUUCAGAAUCAUGCGGACACUGAUUUCCUGCAAGAACCACAAGAAAGCUAAAGCCAUUAAACUUAUCUUUUUGGUGGUCAUUGUGUUUUUCCUCUUCUGGACACCUUACAACGUUAUGAUUUUCUUGGAGACACUCAAACUCUAUGACUUCUUUCCCAAUUGUGACACGAAAAAGGAUCUGAAAUUGGCCCUCGAUAUGACUGAGACAAUUGCGUUUAUCCAUUGUUGCCUCAAUCCCUUUAUCUAUGCAUUUGCUGGAGAGAAGUUCAGAAGAUAUCUUUACCACCUGUAUAGGAAAUGCCUGGCUGUCCUGUGCGGUGGUUCUGUCCAAGUCAGUUUCUCUUCAUCUGAAUCACAAAGGAGCAGGCGCGAAAGUGUCCUGAGCAGCAGUUUUACUCACUAUACCAGUGAUGGCGAGACAUCCAUGCCUCUCUGAAGAGAUUCCCCAAAGCCUUGUCCCUACAGAGAGCCUGGAGUUCUUGAGUCUGACAUUGAUACAAUGAAGACAGAUUUUGUUUGCUUGUUUGUUUGUUUGUUUCUUACAUGCAAGAAAUGAUGGACCCAAUGUCUCCAAAACAACCCUAAAGUGUUUUGAAAAUUGUGCUCAAAAUUUGAAUGAUAAAGGGGAGUCAUGUCUCUUAUUGCAAAAGUCAGGACUUUUUUGUUUACAAAUGACAAAAGUUCAAUCAGACUAGCUUAGCUGAAAGGGAGGUGGUGAGUAUUGUUUAUAUUGUGGCAUUGGCAAGGGAGUGGCUGAGCCGUCAGAGUGUGGAAACUCGGGCUUGAAUGUAGCUGGAAUUUCCUCUCUCUCUGACUCCCAAAUCUCUAAGUGGUGACAAAGCUCCCAGACUCACAUAACACGGCUUUGUCAUCAGAAAAGGACUGAGAUCCGUUUCUCUCUGGUCUCAAGGCCAAAACUCCCAGGGAAGUUCUCUGAUUGGCUAAGGUUGCAUAAGAUGCACAGCCCUAGACCAGGUGGUAGUGUCCAUGGGAAAGACACAGAUAAGCUGCCACAGAUAUGGCAGCUUCCAUUUCCAGGCUCAUGGCUACAGGUUCAGCGAGACAUUAUUUCCAAGAAGUUGGAGGGGUGGGUGCUGUUUCGAUCAGACAGAACAAGAGCUACCCACCGUCUUUACCAUGUAUCUGGCCCAGCCUCCUCUCCAAUUACACUAGCACCAUGCGUUACCAGCCUCCUCUUCCUUAAACCCCUUCAAUCAUGUCCCCAAACCUACAAAGAUUCCACUGCCAACGACACUGAGUCCAAACUCAAAUGCCUGGCCUAUGAGACCCUCCAUCAUGCUGCCCCCCCCAACAGAUUCCCCAUUGGCCCUUCCCAAAGGACUCCCCCCAGCCUGUCAUCCAGGUCUCUCCCAUCUGACCCAUGCAUCUCCACAUGCCCCUGGGCCUAAAGGGAGAAAUAGAAAGAACCCUGGCCCAAACUGAGAAGGGAUGGUUUCCAAUCCCAGCUCUGUCACUUGCCCACUGGGUAGCUUAGGGCCAACCAAGCUUCAGUUUUCUCAUUCGUAGAAUGGAGAUAAUAGUACUUUUCACGUGGCUAGCAUCCUUUCCAGUAUGAGGAACCAGCCACCAACUAUUACAGGUCCCAACACACUUAUCUGGGUCCCAGACUUCAGCUUGCUACCCACCUGGCCCUGUGCUUAAGCCGUGGUGUCCACAGAGCUUAGGAGAAAUGCCAAGUCUCUUCCAGAUAGUCCUACUCACUUUAGGCUUAUUCUAUGCUCAUUAAGUGAUCAUCUAAGGGAGAAGUUGGCUUCCCAGGGACCUUGCCAUGAAGAAAAAUGGAGGAUAUACGCUUUGGGUUACUGGGAAGAGCCCAUCACCCCCCGGAAUCCACUGCAUCUGGAGUGCGUAUAGGAUCUGGUGGGCUAGCCAUCAUCUCUCUGAGAAGCUGUCCCUGAGCACCCAAAGACAGAAUUCACCCCUGGCCCCACAAAGCCAAAAACUAUACCAGGGACCAUGGCAACCUGCCUCUGAGAGGUUCAUCUUGGGUACCACCUAGCCCCUAGAUGGUAUCCCAUAGUCCCCUCACAACUGGGCUGUCUGUCCCAACUCAGAAGCUAAUUUUCUUCUCCACCUGUACCCCACUGCCCCAGAUCAUGGAGACCACUUCAAUUUCAACAUCACUUGUAGUACUGUUUGCUUAAUUUGCUGAGUUAGCAACCACAUUUUGGACUACCCCAAAGGAGUAUUAUCUGAGAACAAGUAAGAGAAAUAGUUCUCAGCAAAUUUAGAAAUAUUUGGCUUCUCUUCAAGACACCCUCCAUCCAUAGGAGGGCCCAGUUGUUUUCUCAAAGAUACGCAGUGCCACGUCCCCAUUCUGUUGUAGGAGGACGUUGUUAGGCAACAGCCAGAGUUCCUCCACACACAUGCCCUAGACAGCUCUAGAAACCACACAACUGUCUCGGCAGGAAAAUUACUUUUACCCAUAGUUCCUCAUUUAUUUAGGCAGAAAUAAAAAUAAAUUUGAAUUUGUAUUUGUUGGAAUAUUAGGUAAGAUUAUUCACUUUUCAAUGUGUUUGUUUUAUAUUCUUUAUAUCGUUUUCUGAUUAUGAAAAAUGCACAGCCAUAGAAAAUACAAAAAGUAAAGCGGUGUAUAAAAAUUUUAAAUUACACAAUAUUCCACCUCCCAGAGGUAACCAUUUGUUCAUAUUGAGACUUCCUACCGUGUCUUUCUCUGCAGAUAGAUUUUUUUUUUAAAAAAAAGAUUUGAGAUCAUUAUAUACAUACCAUUUUUACAUCUUGUUUUGUUCACUUUACAUUAUAGCAUAAACAUUUUCCUAUGUAUUAGACUCCAGCAUGAUUUUUAAUGGUUGCACAGGAGUCCAUGUUGACUUUCUCUAGCUAUCCGAGCCCCUACAGAUGGACAUGGGUGCAGCGCCCAGUUCUUCACUAUUAUGCACAAAACUGUACUGAACAUAAAUCUUUGCGCAUAUAUUUGUAUAAGAGAAAUUACUAGAUUAGUGGAUUUAAGCAUCUGUGUGUCUCUUGCUAGCUACUGCAAAAUCACUUUUCAGAUAGAUGACACUGUGUUGCUGACACUCCAAGAGCCCCAGUCCCUGACUUUAGUGCACACACACACACACACACACACACACACGCGCGCAUGCACACACCUUCCCAGUCUUUUUGGUCAGGAUAUUGUGGGCUUUUGUUAUCCUAUGAAAUACCAGCUACUGACUUCAAGGGGGCAUGGGGAGAGACUUCCAGACUUGAGAGGGGGUGGUAAGCCUGCAUUGUAGCAGAGAGAAAAGGAAAGAAAAGAGGAUUUUAAAAAGUGACAAAUAACACCACAGGAAAAGGAAACAAAGACUGCUCAGGACUUGGGUAAAGGGGACACAGGAGAGGUCCUCUGAGUCAUGCAAAAUCUGGGGGGAGGGAUCAUGGAAAGUCAUU